AUGGCUUCAAAGUUUCUUCGAGAAUACAAGCUGGUCGUUGUCGGUGGAGGAGGUGUUGGGAAGUCAUGUUUGACCAUCCAAUUGAUCCAGAGCCAUUUCGUCGAUGAGUACGAUCCAACAAUCGAAGACUCGUAUCGGAAACAAUGCGUUAUCGACGAUGAGGUUGCCCUGCUAGACGUUCUCGACACAGCUGGACAGGAAGAAUACUCAGCCAUGCGAGAACAAUAUAUGCGGACAGGCGAGGGUUUCCUUUUGGUGUACUCCAUCACUUCUAGGCAGUCAUUCGAAGAAAUCAUGACCUAUCAGCAACAAAUAUUGCGCGUGAAGGACAAGGACUAUUUUCCCAUCAUCGUCGUUGGCAAUAAGUGCGACUUGGAGAGAGAACGGGUGGUAUCUGAACAAGAGGGUGAAGCAUUGGCCCGCGACUUUGGUUGCAAAUUUAUCGAGACCUCAGCAAAAUCUCGCAUCAAUGUCGACAACGCGUUCUACGAUAUUGUACGGGAAAUUCGCCGUUAUAACAAGGAGAUGUCAUCGUAUUCGUCAGGAGGUGGCGGCUAUGGAUCCCGAGCCCCAGAAAAGAUGGAGAUGGAUGAGCACGAAGAGGGGAAUGGGUGCUGCUCAAGAUGCGCCAUCAUGUAGGAGGACUUUAAUAAAUGAAAGGACGUACAAGAAUUGUUGAGGGCGAUUAAAGGGGAGGAAGAUUUGAAGAAAAAGAAGAAGAAGAAACCGCCCCCGAAGACGGAGCUACGAUGAUACACACGCAACCAGACAACUAUCAUUCUGCACUCUCUGAAAAGAAAGAGAAAAGAGGAGAAGAAAACACACAAAACACAAAACUCUAUGACUCGAUAGAAUGAUGCUGGACGACAUACUUAAGCAUUCUUAUCCUGAUAUCUGUUCUUCUAACAUUCCCCUAUUGAGUCGGACGGCAGGCGGUAUUCUACAAUUGCUCCAAAUAUCACCUGCCCGAACGCCUCAUUGCUUGGACCCUUCAUCUUUACAUAUCAUUUCCCGCACGAAAGUCUCCAACGUCAACCCCAGUUUAUUUCCUGUUAUAUGCUUCGAUUUCAUUUUCUCCCUAUAUCUCAUUUUCCUUUCUUUUUUCUCUUCCUUUUUUUUUCAGUUUACUCUCUGGGCGCGUAUUUCAUAGUAUAAUUCGUGGCCCCCCUUCCCCCAAAUUUUCAAUUUCUAUAUUCGGCUCUCUCGACUUAAAGAGGCCAUUCAUCCUGUCUCCUUUACGGUUUUAUUUUCUUUUAUUUUUCAACUGUCCUUAUCCGUUCCUUGAGUUUCCGUAUUCUAUCUAUACCGAUACCACUACUUCCUCUAGUCCCACUCCAUUCCCUCUUAUAACAAACAAUACCCCAACAAUGCGCGCGAAGACUGAUUUCCUGGAAGAGAUAAUGGCACCUAAGUGAGAGUCAAAUCAAAAAGGGGCAAAAAAAAAUAACACAUUUAUAUAUGAUGAUAGAACUUAGGUGCACCCACAGAUGCGUUUUUCUUCUGUUUCCAUCUAUGAACCUUAUAUACCUCCUUGAUAUCCGCUGUUACCCUAUUCCAUUUAUUUAUUAUUUCUAGUUCCGUAAUUGAUUUCUCUCUUCAGCUCUCCUCAACUUCUUUUUCCCUCCAUUCACACUGGACCUGUAUUUUUGUCCGGUCCUCAAUUUGUUAUCGCGCGUUGCCUUUGGUGUUUGAGCUUUUAUUGGUUUCUAUCUUGCUUUGUUCAUAUCUCAUUCACGCGUAUGUAGAAUCUAGCUAUUGAACUUUUUGUUUCAUCU